ACCAUGGGAAAGCGGGAUAACCGGGUGGCCUACAUGAAUCCUAUAGCAAUGGCCAGAUGGAGGGGCCCAACUCAAUCUGCAGGCCCAACAAUACAAGAUUAUCUGAAUCGACCAAGGCCCACCUGGGAAGAAGUGAAGAAACAAUUGGAAAAUAAAAAGAAAGGCUCCAAGGCCUUAGCUGAAUUUGAAGAAAAAAUGAAUGAAAGUUGGAAGAAAGAGCUUGAAAAAAGCAGAGAGAAAUUAUUAAGUGGAAGUGAGAGUUCAACCAAAAAGAGAGAAAAAAAGAAAAAGAAAAAGAAGAAAUCUUGUCAGUUUUCAUCAUCUUCAUCAAGUGCUGAUUCUUCAAUCAGUUCUUCAGAUUCAGAAAAUGAAGAAAAGAAACCAGGAAAAAAGAGAAAGAAAAAGAAGAACCGCUCACACAAAUCAUCAGAAUGCUCAACGUCUGCACCAGAAUCAGAGAACAAGGAAUCUGUAAAAAAGAAAAAGAAGUCAAAGGUAGAAAUAAGGAAAGAAAAGUGUAUUAGAAGUCUCAGCAAAAAGAGAAAGAAAACUUAUCCUGAGGAUAAACCAUCUUCACCUGAGUCUUCAUCAGAAUCAGAUCAUGAAGAGGAAGUACAAGCAAAAAAGAAGAGAAAGCGUGAAGAGCAAGAAAAAGCAAUGGAAAAAGUAAAGAAGAAGAAAAAGAAACAACAUAAGAAACAUAGUAAAAAGAAAAAAAAGAAGUCUGGUUCAAGUCACAAGUCAGGAUAAUAUCAAGGAAAAAAAGC